AGAGGCCUGGAGGAGGGAAGCUGGGCGGGGGCCUUACUAAGAAAUGGGGAGGAUGUUGGACAGGGUGUCCUGGAGAUGGGGAGCCUGGCGAGGGACUGGGCCCUUGGUGGAGAGCGCUGGGAGCUGGGAACUGGGGAGAGCGCUAACUUGAACUCUGGCAAAAGAGAAGGGAAGGGAUGCCAGGCAAAAGGGGUGAAUGCGGGACUGGAGAGGGGCGACGUGGAGGUGCUGGGACUGGUGGCUGCGGGGGUCUAAGGAGUCUGGGGGUAGGAAGCUGAGGGUCAGGGCGCGGGAGCUGGUCUUGGAGGGCAGAUGAGGCAAAGAGUGGAGGGCAGCCGGGAGCAAUGGUGGAGCAGGGGCGGGGACGGAUGCUCCCCCCCAUACCACCCCCGUGUGUCUGCUAUUGGGACAUUAAAGGAGAUGGAUGGCAUAGGGAAGACGCAGCGCGUGGCCCCAGGCAGCUCAUCGCUCAGCCGCCGCCCCCGCACCGGAGGGGCUAGGGCUGGCGGGCGGGGGUCGUGCCUCAGAUAAAGGCGAGCGGGCGCAAGGGUGGCCGCGGCAGCAGCAUGAGCGGGACAGACCGGAGUCAGGCGGCGGGCGCGGUGCCCGACUCAGACCCGGGCCUGGCGGCGGUCGCCUCGGCCUACCAGCGCUUUGAGCCCCGCGCCUACCUCCGCAACAACUACGCGCCCCCGAGGGGGGACCUGAGCUGCCCCGACGGCGUCGGGCCUUGGAAGCUGCGCUGCUUGGCUCAGACCUUCGCCACCGGUGAGGUGUCUGGCCGCACCCUCAUUGACAUCGGUUCAGGCCCCACUAUAUACCAGCUGCUCAGCGCCUGUGCCCACUUUGAGGACAUCACCAUGACAGAUUUCCUGGAGGUGAACCGCCAGGAGCUGAGGCUCUGGCUGCGAGAAGAGCCUGGGGCUUUCGACUGGAGCGUGUACAGCCAGCAUGUCUGCCUCAUCGAGGGCAAGGGGGAAUCCUGGCAGGAGAAGGAGUGCCAGCUGCGAGCCAGGGUGAAGAGGAUCCUGCCCAUUGAUGUGCACCAGCCCCAGCCCCUGGGCGCUGGAGGCCUGGCACCCCUGCCUGCCGACGCCCUGGUCUCUGCCUUCUGCCUGGAGGCUGUGAGUCCAGACCUGGCCAGCUUCCAGCGGGCCCUGGACCACAUCACCACACUGCUGAGGCCUGGGGGGCACCUCCUCCUCAUCGGGGCCCUGGAGGAGUCAUGGUACCUGGCUGGGGAGGCCAGGCUGGCGGUGGUGCCCGUGUGUGAGGAGGAGGUGAGGGAGGCCCUGGUGCGGAGCGGCUAUGAGGUGCGGGAUCUGCGCACCUACACCAUGCCUGCCCACCUUCAGACAGGUGUAGACGAUGUCAAGGGCAUCUUCUUCACCUGGGCCCAGAAGAAGGUGGGGGUGUGAGGCCCCUGUGCACGCAGGGCCAAUGGCUCUCACCCGCCUAGACUCCCUGUUGUCUGAGGUGGCCUCUAAUAAAGAAAUAAGUCCGUCAGUUGGUUUAAGUGCCGUCUGUGGCUCUCCAGGGAAGGGUUCUGACUUGUGUUGUGGGGGUAUGGGAGGCAUCGGCCCUGGCCUUUUCCCCCCAGAAGCUUCCAGAAAGGUCAGUUUCUGUACACUCAUUCUUCCCAAACUUAGGAAGGCCAGGGUCACAGGGAGCUCCUUCGGCAUCUGCUGCGUGCCCCGCACCUGCUAGGUCCCUUCCAUCCCCACACUCAGCAGUACCCUACUUGCAGGUGAAGCUCAGAAAGGUUAAGAACCAAUAAAUAGAAGUGGAGCUUAGUGGAACCCAGAAGGGAGGGACAUGUAAGUGGAACUUGCGGCCAGUGGAGCUACCAUCCAGUCACAAAGACCCAGAGAUGGCAGGGAAAAAACAGGCACCAGCUCCCUCCAGCCCCCGCGGUAAGUGGGACAGGAGCUCCAUCCAUAUCU